AUGGACGCAGAAAAGCUACAAGCGCAAUUGCACAGGACGCUGAGUGUCGCGUCCGCAGCCUUCCAAAGGGUCCCGGGCUCUUCGGUGUUGACCAGGUAUAUCCAAUCGAGCUACCAGAACGACCCCGUGCGCUCAGCCAUCGAGUUGAUCUUGGUUCUCUUCUUCGUGCGCUAUCUGUUGUCGCCUUCAUACUCGACAGACAAACAGAACUACGUCAAGCUCACGGAAGAUGAGAUUGAUGAGUUGGUCGAUGACUGGGCCCCCGAGCCGCUCGUCGCGGAGCAGACAACUCUCGAAGCACUCGAAAACGAAAGGAUACCUGUCAUCGUUGGACCGACCGGCCCAAAGUCCAAGCUGUCGAAUGGCCGCACCGUCACGAACCUAGCAUCCUACAACUUCUACAAUUUCAACGCGAACGAGCAGAUCAAGGAAAAGGCUGUCCAGAUCCUCCGCACGUAUGGCGUCGGUCCCUGUGGACCGCCACAAUUCUACGGAACGCAGGAUGUGCACGUCAAAGCCGAGGCCGAUAUUGCUGCAUACUUGGGUACAGAAGGAUGCAUUGUCUACGCGCAGGCCUUCUCGACGAUCUCCAGUGUUAUCCCGUCCUUCUGCAAGCGUGGCGACAUCAUCGUGGCCGAUCGUGCAGUCAACUUUUCGAUCCGCAAGGGCCUGGAGGCAUCGCGAAGUGUCGUCAAAUGGUUUGAUCACGGAGACAUGGACAACCUGGACGCCAUCAUGAGUUCCGUUGCCAAGGAGCAGGCGAAGGCCAAGAGGCUCACACGCCGUUUCAUCGUCACGGAAGGCCUGUUCGAGACCGUCGGCGACGCGAGCGACCUUCCCAAAUUGAUCGAGCUCAAGGAGAAGCACAAGUUCAGGCUGAUCCUCGACGAGACCUGGUCUUUUGGUGUUCUUGGCCGGACAGGUCGUGGUCUCACCGAAGCCCAGAACGUGGACCCGCAACAGGUUGACAUGGUCAUUGGCUCUCUAGCCGGACCUCUUUGCGCCGGUGGUGGCUUUUGCGCCGGUGCCAAGGACGUGGUAGAGCAUCAACGCAUCACAUCAACAGCGUACACUUACUCGGCCGCGCUUCCAGCCAUGCUGGCUGUUACGGCGAGCGAGACUGUGAAUCUCCUUCAAUCGAACCCUGAAAUCCUGAACCAGUGCCGGGAGAACAUAAAGGCCAUGAGAGCACAGCUAGACCCGCGCAGCGACUGGGUAAUUUGCACCAGUGUUCCUGAGAACCCUGUCAUGCUUCUUGUGUUAAAGCCCGAAGUGGUCCAAGCCCGGAAACUCGGAGUCGAGGACCAAGAGCGAAUCCUCAUGGAUUGUGUGGAGGAGGCCCUGACGAACGGUGUCCUCAUCACUCGCCUCAAGACAAGGCCCUUUGCCUACGCAAUGAAGUCUCCAGGGAGUAGCGGCUCAGCCCAGCCCGCACUCAAAAUUUGCAUCACCACUGCCCUGUCCAAGAAGGAUAUUGAGAAGGCGGGGACCACGAUUCGGCACGCGAUCACCAAGGUGAUGACGCGCAAGACAAAUAGCAAGUCUGCCUAA